AUGACGGAGACACGCAAUGUCGCCAAUCUCAAAGACGAGAAAGAGAUCCGUCGUCGCUGCUCUGACAUCCUUCAUGAGUUCUUCGACAUGGUCAAUUCCCGCCAGCUGAACCCCGACCACGCCUUCUGGAUUGAGAACAUCUCACCAAACUACACGUACACCGGGCUCCAUGGCAACUUUUCCUUUUACGAACCGAUCGACCUUAAGAACCAACUACGCCAAUUGGAGGCUUUAUAUCUCACCGAAUCGCCCAAUUUCGAGUUGAUCAUCAUCCACCUUGACACUGAGAGGGAGAGCAGCGACUUGAGGACUUAUAUGCAGUAUGACAUUCGCGACUCGCCUGAGGGAUUGACCAGGCAAAGCGCCGCCCAAAUCAAAUGGAGUCUUGAUGACGGAAAGCUUAAGAUACUUGAAGUUCAAACGAUGGCCGGGGCAGCGCUGUAG